AUGUUUAAAACUUCUCUGUAUAUUCAUGACAUUAAAGAAAUUUCUCAAGAACAGAUACUAGGACUUAUUCAAUCUAAAUCUUUAGAAAAAAAAAUAGAAGGAAUGAAAGAAUUAAUAAUGUAUGUAAGUCAAGGAAAAGCAAAUGAUCAUUUACUUCAUAUAAUUUUAAAAGAAGUUCUACUUAUGGAAAACAAUGAACUUAAGAGAUUAUUAUAUUAUUUUUUAGAAAUUUAUCUGCCUUUAAUUAAUGACAGCGAAAUUCUUUUAUUGAACAACCAAAUAAGAAAAGAUUUAGAAAAUCCAAACGAAUUUGUAAGAGGAUUUACACUAAAAUUUGUUUCUAAAUUAAGAUCUGUAGAUGUGUUAAAUAAUUGUUAUAGAUCCAUUAAAGAUAAUACUACUCAUUCUGUUGGCUAUGUAAGAAGAAGUGCUUAUUAUUGUUUAGCAACAAUUUAUAAAAAGGUAGGAAUAUAUGAAGAUGUACCUAAAAUUUUAAAAGAAAGUUUAUACAAAGAGAUGGAUUCUUGUUGUCUUAUUCAGGCAUUUUGUUCUUUAUAUGAUAUUGAUAAGGAGAAGGCUAUGUCUUUUGCAUAUGAGGUUACUAAUUCUAAAGAUAAGGAUUUUUCCUUAAUGCUCCUUGAUAAGAUCUUAGAUAAAAAAUUUAUAAAUUGCUUUAUUGAAGAUAAAGAUAGUGAGGUACGUCUUAAGGCUUGUUUAAAUAUUUUAGAACUUGAUGAUGAAAAAAAUUUAUUAAAAUUUGUAGAAAUUAUAUUUAAUAAUUUAAAAGAGCAUGAAGAAUAUUUUGAUGAGGUAGUAGUUCAACUAACAAAAAUUAAAGAUCGUACAGAUAUUUCUAGAUAUGUUAUUGAUAUUCUACAAUUUAUAAAUCCUUAUAAUUUUGACAUGUCAAAAUCUUGUUUAAGUUUGGCUUUUAAUGUAUGUAAAUCUAGAGAUGUUUGUCUAGUUUUACAAUUUAUUAUAAAUAAGUAUAAAGAGAUAGAAAACAUGACACUUAAAAACAAAGCUUUGGAAAUAUUGUUAAUUGAAUAUCUUUCAAUUUUUACAAAAAAAUUUGCAAUUUGCGAAAAAGAAAUCGAUGAUAUUUGUAUAAGAAAUUUAAAAAAAGACUUUCCUGGAUUGGUUUUUGCUUCUUUGGAAUUAAUUGAGAUUUUAAUAGGUUUGUCAAAGGAUAAUCAACUUAUUAAUGGACUUGUUAAUUCUAUAAAAAGUAUAAAAUAUGGGAAGAUUUUUAGAAAAACUUUUGAAAUCAUUGUAAAAUACGCUGAAGUUUCUCAUUUUAAUCAAAUAAUUAAUUUUAUUGAAGACAGACUGAAAAAUAAUUAUUUUUUUGACUGUUUAUUUUUUCAAAAAGACAACAAGUUUUUAUUAAACUUUGUGUGUAUCUCAUUAACAGAAUUUUACUUUAGAAUUCCGUACAAUGAAGAUCUUAAAAUCAAAUUAAUUGCGAUGUUUAUUGGAUUUACUAAAUUAGAAGGCCUUUGUGACACCACUUCUAAAUCAACUAUCUUUUUAUGCAUUCGUUCUAUUUCAGCUAAUGUGCCUUAUAAACAGGUAGAAAAAAAACAAUCUACAAAGUUUAAAAAUAUUGAUGUUUUAACUCCUUUAGACAUUCCGAUGUUUAAUGUUAAAUUUACCGAACAAGCAGAAAAGUUAAUUGAUUUUUUAAAUUGUGAAAAUACUUCAAACACGCUGGAUAAUAUUGUUCAAUUAACGGGAUUAUCAGAUCCGAUAUACGUAGAAGCCGAUGUUUUGUUUACGAGGUAUGAAAUAAUUCUUAAUGUACUAUUAAUUAAUCAAACAGAAGAUUAUCUGCAAAAUAUGCUCUUUGAUUUUGCUACAAGUCAAAAUAUUCGAUCUGUUUUUUUAGAUCUACCAAAAAAUAUGAAAGCCAGAUCAGCAAUCACUAAAAAGUUGAUUUUUAGGGUUGUAGAUGGUUCCAAUGGAUUUAUAAGUGGUUCUGUCACUUUUAAAUAUCCUAAUGAAAAUGGUGAAUAUGCUAAUCAACAUUAUACUCUUAAUUUCUCAGAGAUUAAAACUUAUGUGUCAGAUUUCCUGGAAAGUAAAACGUGCGAACCUUUAGAGUUCAAAAGUACUUGGAAAAAAAUGACAUGGGAGAAUGUGUAUUCAAUGAAAAUGCUAACGAAAUUAAGCCUUAAAAAUGUAUUUGAUAAGUUUAUUAAAUUGGUUAAUGGCACCAUUAUUGACUUCAAGGAAGAUGCUGAUAUUCUUGUUGCUAAUAUUUUGUGUACCACUCGUCAGAAUGAUGAUAUAUUUUUUAAUGUAUGUCUCGCUAAAACAGAUAACUUUGUCAAUUUGGAAUGCAGAAUAAGAUCUGAAAAAGAAGAUGUAGUAAAAAGCAUGAGCAAUGUUUUAGGAAGAGUUGUUAAAGAAGUCCGAAUAAAGUGA